AUGGGCGGUGUUUUCAGCUCCAGCGCGGCCAGCAAGGUCCGCGCCGACGGCGCGCCGAGCGCCCGCGACGCCGUCCGCUGCCCACCUGCUCAGCGCGUGCCUGUCGCCGAGCCUGUCGCCGAGCCUCGUCCGGUCCCGGAGAGCCGCGACGAGACCGCAGAUGCCCCUGUGUCGACGCCAGAAAAUGAGCGCACACUCUACGAUGCGCUGGUCGUGCAUCUUGCGGCGUCUGUGCGAGCAGCAAUGAUCGUCCAGGCCACGAGGAACCGGCGGCCGUCGUUCGCCGUGGCCACGAUAACGAGCAUGGUCGAACAGACGACGUACGUGCCGAGUGGCGAGAUCACCGCCGUGACCGCGACCAUUGUGGAGCUGCUGACCGCCGAGCCAGGCAUCGCGCUACAUCCCUCGCGCAAGUAUUUUGUCUUGGAUGCAACGAAACUCACGCCAGACACGGAGGCUGCUGCCUCGAGCACGGACGCCUAUGACGCCUUGAACACGCUG